AUGACCACCAACAAUUCUGAGUCAUUGAACCAAGUUUUUAGAGAAGCUCGAGAAUGGCCCAUCAUUCCUUUAUUGGAGGAAAUUAUCACUACACUCUCCAGAUGGUUCUAUGAGAGAAGGACAAAUGCAAAUUCUUGUCCAACACCACUUACAGUUGACGUAGAAGAUAUAAUGAGACAAAGAUACGAACAAUCAAGGUACAUGAGAGUUACACCCAUUAAUAUAAGUGAGUUCCAUGUUAAAGGUGAGCCACUAGACGGUCUAGUUAAUAUUGAGGAACAUUCUUGUACAUGUCGAGAGUUUGACAUUGAUAAGAUUCCAUGUAUUCAUGGCAUCACUGCAGCAAUGCAUCGUGGAGUAGAUGUUUAUAGUCUAUGCUCAAAAUUCUACACAACUGAAUUUUGGAGGAUGGCUUAUGCAAAAUCUAUUUACCCUUUACCACCUGAAAUAGAAUGGCUUAUUCCAGAAGAGGUUAAAUCUAAAGUCGUUAUCAAACCAGUUAAGUUAAUUCCCCCAGGGAGACCAAAGAAUAAACGAAUUCCUUCGAGAGGAGAGUUUCCAAAGGAGAAGAGUAAUUUUGCAUCUGAAUCGUCAUCAAAGAAAGUAAAGGGUAAGGUUUCUGAUGUUGAUGGGGGAAAAAAGCAACGGAAGUGUUCCAAUUGUGGAUGUUAUGGGCACAACAAAACCACAUGCAAGAAGUGA